UCGUUUGCCCCCUCUCGUCGCAGCUCAAGCGGGACGGUCCCUGCCUCGCCUGCGCCGCCUUCCUCUUCGUUCUCGAGCAGGCCGGGAAUCGGUUCCCCACCCCGCCCCCGGCGGAGGCCAUGGCGGCGAGCGCCAAGCGGAAGCAGGAGGAGAAGCACCUGAAGCUGCUGAGGGAGAUGAGCAGCCUCCCACCCAACCGCAAGUGCUUCGACUGCGACCAGCGCGGCCCCACCUAUACCGACAUGACGGUGGGCAGCUUCGUUUGUACCUCCUGCUCCGGCAUCCUGAGAGGCUUAAACCCACCUCACAGAGUGAAGUCCAUUUCAAUGACCACAUUCACACAGCAAGAAAUAGAAUUUCUUCAGAAACAUGGGAAUGAAGUAUGCAAACAGAUUUGGCUAGGAUUAUUUGAUGAUAGAUCAUCAGCAAUUCCAGACUUCAGGGAUCCUCAAAAGGUCAAAGAAUUUCUGCAAGAAAAAUAUGAAAAGAAAAGAUGGUAUGUUCCUCCAGAACAAGCAAAAGUUGUGGCUUCUGUCCAUGCAUCUAUAUCUGGAUCUUCUGCUAGUAGUACAAGCAGUACUCCAGAAGUUAAACCACUUAAAUCUCUCCUGGGAGAGUCUGCACCAGCACUGCACUUAAAUAAGGACACACCUACCCAAUCUCCUGUUAUAAUUCGGUCUCAAGGGCAGUCACAAGAAAAGAAACAGUUUGAUCUUCUAAGUGAUCUUGGUUCAGACAUAUUUGCUGCUCCUGCUCCGCAGUCCACAACUACUGCAAAUUUUGCUAAUUUUGCACACUUCAACAGUCACACAGCGCAGAACUCUGCAAAUGCAGGUUUUGCAAACUUUGAUGCAUUUGGACAGUCUAGUGCUUCGAAUAAUUUUGGUGGUUUCCCCACAGCAAGUCAGUCUGCUUUUCAGCACCAAAAUACAGCGUUCAGAACGCUUUCAUCUAGCUGCAGUUUUGGUGACUUUACUACUUCUGCUUUCCCUGGCCAGGCUAUGCGCAGUGGGAGCGCUGGAUCAGUGAAUGCUAACUUUGCACACUUUGAUAACUUCCCCAAAUCCUCCAGUGCUGAUUUUGGAGCCUUCGGUGGUUCUCAGAGCAACACAACUGCAGCCAGUAAAGCUGUAGUGAAUAAACCAUGUCUCCAGUCAGCAGAUAAAUACGCAGCUCUUGCUAAUUUAGAUAAUAUCUUCAGCACAGGGCAAGGUGUCAAUGAGCAAGGAAGUGGCUUUGCUGCCAGUACGGCACCAGCAGCUCCUGCUGUGUCAGGUCCAAGUCAAACAAGUACAUCUUCAGACAAGUAUGCAGCUCUAGCGGAAUUGGACAGUGUGUUCAGCUCCACGGCAACCACUAGUAACGCAUAUACUUCCACCAGUAAUGUUAGCAGUAAUGCUUUUGGAACAGUACCAGUCGGUGCUAAUACACAGACACAGUCUGCAUCAUCCAAUGUUCCUGCUCAAUUUGGAGCAACACCAUCCACAAAUCCAUUUGUGGCUGUACCUGUAGCUGCAGUAGCACCAUCAACAAAUCCAUUCCAAACUACUAACCGAGGAGCAACAGCAACAACAUUUGGCACAGCAUCCAUGAGUAUGCCUGCAGGAUUUGGAACAACUGCCUCAUACAGUCUUCCUACUAGUUUUAGUGGUAACUUCCAACAGCCUGCAUUCCCAGCUCAGGCAGCUUUUUCUCAGGCUGCUUUCACUCAACAGCCUAAUGGUACUGGCUUUGCUGCAUUUGGACAAGCAAAACCAGUAGUAACGCCAUUUGGGCAAGUUACAGCUGUUGGAGUCUCUAGUAAUCCUUUUAUGGCAGGAGCAGCAACAGGGCCUUUUCCAACAGGAAGCUCGUCAACCAAUCCUUUCUUAUAGCCUUAUAGACACUUUACUUAAAAGAACUCUGUGUGAUCACAUAACAUCUCUAUGCCUCUUGCACUGUUGUCUUGUUUCACUGACCUUAGCUUUAAACACACAAGAAGUCUUUCAGGAAAAAAAAGUCUGCAUUGUGUAUUAAAACCAAGGAACACCAGGUGAUGUACAAAACCGGAGGCUGUGGUAACAUCCUUUAUUGUGCAUUGGCAGGAGAAUGUUAACCGUAUCAUGUAUAUUAAAAUUGGCUAAUAUUAAGUUAUUGCAGAUAUCAUUCAUUAUGCUGCAGUAUUGUACAUAUUUUUCUCUUAGGAAUUAGUUAUUUGUGCAUAUCAGUAUUUGUAACUUUUAACACACUGUUAUGUGAAAAAUGUUACUGGGAGAAAUAGAUCAGCCAGUUUAAGGUGCUGUCAUAUAUAUUGCAAUGAAUGACCUAUAUCAUUUUAACAUUGCUUGUUGGGAUUUAUGAGUUCAGAACUGAAGGUUUUAUUCAUUUCUUGAAGUGUUUUUUUUUUUCCUUUCCUGAAGAGCUCUUCUAUUUAUACAUGCCUAAAUUCUAUAUAAUGUGGAGGGAUACCUGUCUGCAUAAUAAAGCUGAUCAUGUUUUGCUACAGAUUGCAGGUGGAAAAAUAAAUAUUAAAAAAGUU